GUUACAAGUAGGUGUUUACAGUUUGGGAUUUGUUGUUUGUGAUCGUCCAGGUUCAUGUUUGUCCUCCUCCUCCUCCUAUUCUCUCCUUCUCCUUUAUAUGCCAAUAAGAAUAUAAAUAAAUAGUCUCUUCUGGAAGCCUCAACAACCCAACGCCUGCCAGGCAGAAACCUUUGAUUGGAAAAUUGGAAGUCAGGUUAUGAUUUUUCUGUUUGGCAAAAGAAUACUGCCUUGGGAAUUCAUCAAGCCCUUCUAAUUUUCACUUGAUUGGAUUCAAGCUGUUAAUCAGGCAGGUGGUUUAGACAGAAAUGGAGAGGACGGAAAGGUUUUUGACAGAGGUUAUAAUGGAACCCCAGAAGGGAGGAGAGUCAUUGCUUGGGACAAUUAGGAUUGCUGUUUUGCCCAUCGCAAAAGUUUUUACCAUGUGCUUCUUGGGUUUUCUUAUGGCCUCCAAGUAUGUUAACAUCUUACCUGCAAGUGGAAGGAAGCUUUUAAAUGGGCUGGUCUUUUCCCUUUUGCUCCCAUGUCUGAUAUUUGCCCAACUUGGAACAGCAAUCACUCUAGAGAAAAUGUUUGAGUGGUGGUUUAUUCCUUUUAAUGUUAUUCUGGCCACCAUAUCUGGUUCAGUUAUAGGUCUAAUUAUUGCACUGAUUGUCAAUCCACCAUACCCCUUCUUCAAGUUUACAAUCAUACACAUAGGAAUUGGUAAUAUUGGGAAUGUGCCACUUGUUCUGAUUGCUGCUUUAUGUCGAGAUAAAGCAAACCCUUUUGGUGACGCUGAUAAAUGCUCUCAAGAUGGAAAUGCCUACAUCUCAUUUGGCCAAUGGGUUGGCGCAAUUGUCGUAUACACCUAUGUAUUUCAUAUGCUUGCACCUCCUCCAGAAGGUACCUUUGACAUCAAAGAUGAACAUCUUCCCAUCAAGAGCCCUGCAAAGGAUAGCUCUCAGAGCCUUGAUACGGAUAGCUUCCCCGAGCAAGUGCCCUUGCUUUCGCAAGAGUCUGCUCCAACAGAUUCAAGUGCUCCAAAGAAACACAAGAUCAAAGAUUUCUUAAAAUUUCUGUAUGAGAAGUUGAAGCUCAAGCAAAUCCUUCAACCACCUAUCAUUGCUUCUAUCCUAGCCAUCGUGAUAGGAUGUGUGCCAUUGUUGAAGCGAUUGAUCUUCACAACUGAUGCUCCACUUUAUUUUUUCACCGACAGCUGCUUGAUUCUUGGGGAGGCCAUGAUUCCAUGCAUUUUGUUGGCAUUAGGGGGCAACCUUGUAGAUGGACCUGGAAGUUCAAAACUUGGCCUACGGACUACCGCUGCCAUUAUUUUUGGGCGAUUGGUUUUGGUUCCUCCAACUGGACUUGGCAUUGUUACGUUGGCUGAUAAGCUUGGCUUCCUUCCCGCUGGUGAUAAGAUGUUCAAAUUUGUCCUCCUCCUCCAGCAUACAAUGCCAACAUCUGUGCUCUCUGGUGCUGUUGCCAAUUUAAGAGGAUGUGGAAGGGAAGCAGCUGCUGUCUUGUUCUGGGUUCAUAUCUUUGCUGUUUUCUCUAUGGCUGGGUGGAUUAUUCUAUAUCUCAACAUACUCUUUUAAAAUUGCAUUAUAACGUUCCUCGGCUAGAAGUGGGAGGGAGCUGUCGGGGUUGAUCUCGUUGGAUGCAUCAUUCUCCGGUUCUAGCAAAAUUGCGUUAUGGCAAAUGCUGUGCCAGAUCUGCCACUUCCUUUUUUCCAUCUUUAUUAAUGUUUAUAGAUAACCUACAUGAAGAGUUAUCGCUAGUGUGAAAGUUUUGCUGAGGGCUGCUUGCAUUCAUACAAGCUGUAUGAUGGUUAUUUUAUUUAUUAAAUGGUCA